UGUGUGUGUGUGUGUGUUCAGUUCCAGAGAUGGCCGACAGAAAGAGCAGCAGCAGCGGAGGGGUCAGCUCUCGUCUGACCGUCAGGAGGAAAGAGAAAGCAGAAAAUGAGGCCAAGAAAGAGGAGAAAACCCCUAAAGAAGGAGAGAAUGCCGAGGUGAACGGGACAAGUGUCCCGGCGGAGAACGGAGAGGCUGCGGCCGGAAACGGAGCCACGGCGAACGGAGAGAACGCAGAGAACGCAGACAAACCGGAGCCCAUGGAGCUGCCGCCGUUUGAGAUCAUCACCGGGGAUCGCAUGGACCCGUUUUUCUACAAGUUCCAGUUCAAGAAUGUGGAGUACUCCUCCGCGAACAAAACCUUCUUGUGUUACCUGGUGGACCAGGGGCCCGGAGCCAACGGGCUCCUCAGGGGCUUCAUCGAAGACGAGCACGUGAGUGGCCACGCCGAGGAGGCCUUCUUCCAGCAGAUCCUGCCCGACUACGACCCCGCCCUCAAAUACACCAUCACCUGGUACAUGUCGUCCAGCCCGUGUGCCGCCUGCGCCGCAAAGCUGGCUGAGAUCCUGAAGGCCAGGAAGAGCGUGCGUCUGUCCAUCUUCUCCGCGCGGCUCUUCGAGUGGGAGGAGCCUGAGAUCCAGGCGGGGCUAAAGGCGCUAGCGGCUGCCGGCUGCAAACUGCGCAUGAUGAAGCCGCUGGAUUUCACCUACACCUGGGACACGUUCGUGGAGAACGACGAGCAGACGUUCACGCUGUGGGAGGACUGCCAGGAGAACUAUGAGUACUACCAAGACAAACUGGCCGACAUCCUGCAGUGAUGAUAAAGAAGCGAUAGCUGAUGAACAUUUGUCCAAAAGUGAAGAGAAUGUGUGUGUUUGUGUGAACGAGAGAGAAAUGCGUGCCAAAACGUUUAAAUACAUUUUUUAGAUUCAUUUAGUACUUUCAUGUUUUCUGUAUUUCUGUGAAGUAAAGAGGAUUUAUACUUUUAAUAAUUAGUUUUAUGUUUGAAUGUGGUUUCUCUUUAAGUGUGACACGUUUCAUAUUUCGUACAGUUUUAUAUUCUGAACUUCAGCUUCACUUUAUUUAUCAUUUUAUAUUCACCCCGGUCAGGGUGCAAAUUCAUACUGAGCACUGUGAAAUAUGAUUUUGAAUUAAACUGAAAAUAAUGUUGUAGCUGUAUAUGAAAUAGUUGGAAAUAUUGUGCAAGCAAUAAAUAAAUAAAAAUAUUAUACGGGGAACCACUUUCACUAUUUUGGAAAACGAAUAAAACUGUAUUGUUUUGG